UGGAGGAUUAAACGAAGUUUCGCUUGCCGAGAGACAAUCGUAACUUGAUUAGUCCGUUACCGUCUGGAAGUUGCAAUAUGUUUGCACCAAUGGAUCCGAGUUGUCGAAUUAACUUUGUCAAAUUAAAAACGGAAAUCACACGGUGGUUGAUGAGCUUGACUUUAUCCAACUCUAAAUGUUUCAAAUCGAAAUCGUGUAAACGCAGUCCAUUCUCCGGUUUGAUCCGCUUUUCAUGGUCCGAUAGAUCUUGUUUCGAUUAAACGAAUUGAGUGACGUUAGAUCGAUUUCGUAGAGAAUCGAGCGUGUUCAAGUAUUAUAAUUGUUGUAAUUAAUGGGGAAUAAUUCAUGAAUGCCGUAGAUGAACCGAUACACCAAGCGCAAAUAGUAAUUGCAUAUUAGACGGAUCGAUCGUCCGAGCCAAUAUCUAUCCCGCUCUUAACAUAAUCGCAUUCGCUUUCCUAUUACCAUGUACCCGGGGAUGAAAUUAAGGGAUGAAUUUAUCAAUCUUAUCGACGUCAAAGUCUUAACGAUCUACGUUAAAAAACAACCUACUCCUGUUGAAGAUGAAUUUCACAAAAUUUCCAAGUUUUCAGAAUUACAUAAUGAAAUGGUCAUAAUCCUGGAACGUUGACUGACAAAGUUAGAAUUGAAAGUUUGAAAUGGAAAGUGAGCAAAGCGGAUGAAUAACGCCUCAGAACGCAGCUGUUAGAGGGGAAGUGCAAUUAGGAGUAUCAAAGGAACAACGGUGCAAUUGAAAAUAAUUACAUCAUUCAUACACUGACCUUGACAGGGAACGAUAUAACAAUAUCCACAAACUGGAUUCAACUUUUGCGUUUGUUUCAAGUGCAUCAAUUCUACAUAAAGUGUUCCCAAACGGAAGGGUAAUAGAAAGCGCAAUUUCAAAUGAAACAUUUCAAAGCGAAAGAGGAACAUUAUUUGUAAAGGAAACAAACUUUUCAGACGAAGAAGGUAGAAUAAUUUAUUUUCAUUCAUCCGUUAGAUUUUUCUUAUCAGAUAAGAAGCCGUGGUUGAAACAGCCUGGAGAGCUGAAGUGGAAGAUUAGGAAAUAAACGUUUCAACGACGGUGAUAUCCAGCUAAAAGUUCGAAAGGGGGUGCAAAGAUCCGGGGUAAAUUCCCCGCUAAACGAUAGCCGUGCAAUUGCACCGCGGGUUUGGUCGGCUCGAGCAAGCCGAGUUGGUCAAUUAAGAUCGCCGGAAAGUGUCGAUAUGCCUCUGCGCGAGCGUUCUCGAACGCGCGGAACGGGAUUCGCGUGCAUCUGCGCGACUGCAUCGCACGCGUGACGAGGGAAAAAGAGGGGUGACGCACGGUCGCGCCAAGGGAAGCCGUCAAAAUGUCGAGGCUGGUGCAUCCAGCAGGCACGUAGUGCCGAAGAUACGCGGGGGAGGAGUCACUCCCUCUAUUUCUCUGCUCUCUGUAACGAUCGUCGGUCAUCGAUCCGCUAUCGCAUCAACGCGAUGCUCGAGCCUCGAGGAAAAGCCGGCCACAUCGACGCGCUUCGCGUCUGCGAACGUCACGCGGAUUCUACUCCUCGGAGUGGUAGCUUAGAAUCGGAUCACUGCUUUAUACGAUGCAUCAGACAUUUUAACCCUUUUAAUGCAACACAACCGUAGACGAUUACGUUUCUUAAAUUCCUUUAACUUAUACCCUUGACAUAAGUUCUAUCUAUGGAACGCGUGUAUGCAAAGAGAAGUUUUCAACGAUUCCAACAGACGAGCAUCUAUUUUUAAACAAUGUCGACCAUGGUUUAUGAUUUCAUUUCCUAAUUGCAGGCUUUAAAGCCGAAGAAAGUUGGUGCAAUCAUAGAAACUUCUGAAUGUAAACAACAGCAGAAACGAAGAGACGCAAGUUGACGAACCCCGCUGGAUUAUCGCAGCCGAAACGAUCCAUUUAAAGGUGUCCGAGUUCGAACUGCGGCUAAUCGAUGAGAGUACGGUAGGAAGAGUAACGCGGCGGUACGAUCGGCCUCCCCCUCCCAAACAAAAACAUGUUCAAUUCGAAGAGGGAUCCUCUUUGGAGGAUCAAGAAGGAAGCAACGAGGAAUCGAUAGGCGACAAAGGGGUUCUUUUAUACUUGGCGCAGCGAGACGGAGAAGCGGAACUCUCGCUUCCUCGUGCUCGAUUCAGGGUGGGGAAAUCCCACCCUACUCGGUGAACCAACCCUCCUCCCUCGAGCCGUUCCCGUCGGAUUCGUCGAUGACGAAACGCACGUAAAUUCGUCGACGUGCACGGUGCUGCCGCUUGGCAAAAUCAGUGCGACCCAAGUGCACCGCGAGGGAGGAACGCGGGUCUCCCGUGCGCGGCCUGCCGUUCCCGCUUGCGGCCACGCGCGCCACUUCCAGACGGGCAUCGGUAUCAGAGAGCGAGAGACCGCUCGCGUAAAUAGGUCGCUGGAUGCGCGCACGAGGCACCCGAGUAAAUAGCCGGAGUCGAGACGGACCGAGAGCGGAGCGUGAUCAGGGUGUCAAGUAGAGGGUGACGAUCACGAUAUACAUCUACGACCAGGGAAAUUGAAUGCGAUACGAACAUCAUCCCAGUGAUUCGAUAUUUCUUCCAGAGUGAACGAUUCUGGUGAAUAAACGCAAUGAACAAUCAGUGGAAUUAAUAUUACUUUACAUUGGAAAUUAAGCGUUUUAGUGAACGAGGUUUAUGAACUGGACUAAAUUGCAGAAUGUUGCAUUUGUGAAAAAUUCAGGAAAGUAAACAAUGAGUAAUUGUGUUUGAAGACCAGAGGAUACUUUUAAUUUAAAAUCACAGAUGGAACUAUAAAUGAUAAAUAAAAGAAGAGGAAGGAAGAAAGGGUUUCUUUAGUCGAUCAACAACGAACACAGAAGCAAACAGUUGGUAUCGAUUCCCAAGCGUAGGAACGUUUUCGCGAUGCGUGGCGGCCGAACGGAUUAGAAGAGAAAAAAACGAGAGCGGCAGGUGUUGAAAGAAGAGAAAAAGCUUCGAGCAUCGAUCUUGCGCCCGGUGCAGUUACCAUGACGCGGCGGCUCGUCCGACACGUCGAACCGUAUCCACUUUCGUAUCGACUCGUCGUCCGAUUCUCGAGACGCGAUCAACGGACCCGUAGUUAGUAGGCUGCUUCGAGUAUCUGGCGAUUCAACGGACGGGUAAACGAUGACGAAGAGGACGAGGAUAACGUCUGCGGGGAUGACGAUGACGCCGCGCACGACGGGACUAACACUGGGUCUUCCCGACGGAAUGCAGGAGGCCGAUCGAACGCCUCCCGAUACGACACCCUCCUCCUCUUACGUGGUCUUCCCACGUAAACUAAAUUCUGUGACGUGUUCGAUAAAACAAUAGAGAGAAGAAAGGAAGAGAAUCGAAGAAGGGGCCAAUUUCAUUUAAAAAUAAAAAGACACUCGAAGAUUCGACGAGUAGUUUACUCGCUUAGCGAGAGGAUAUUUUCUCGCGAACGUGAUAAAAACCGAGCGAAUCGUACUUUGCGUCGCGAUAAGGGAACCUUUCCGUCUUUCCUCGCAAAGAUGGACUGCUGUAACUACGUCGAGGCUUACACGGGAGGGGGUCACUUUUAUCAACAGCAACACUACUUUUGCUACGAUAACGCGAACACCGAGUACGCCGGAUACGAACCGCCUCCGAUCUCCACCGCGAUCGAAACUAGCGCGCGUUACAACGGGGCGAUACCACCUGCCUAUCCCACAGAUUACGUGUACAACCCGAAAGAGGCGAGGCUGCGGAAGGCGAUGCGCGAACAGAAUCGCGAGCUGUCCAGACGAUCGAUCUUGCAGAGCGCGAUCGCGAGAGCUGGGGUAAUAUCCGGACCGGUCAACUCAACGACAUUCUUGGAUCAUCAGCACCGUUUCGGAUGCGUGUCAGCUGGUUUGCCGAUCAAUUCGACGGUGGAGUCGGAUCGAGUCGCGGAACCCUGGUUCCAGUCGACGUCACGAACGAAAGCGAUUCACUCGCCGCGAAUGAACGAUUGGUAUGGAAACGUUGGCGAUCCGAUCGAAAGACUUCAAGUUAUGGGCGCGAUGCACCAGCGUGCACCCGACAAAUGCAAGGACGCGAUGAGAAAUCAAGCUGCGGCCGGUGUGGCCACCGCUUCGGCCGCGGAAUGCGGUGCCGCCGCGUUCUCCAACAACGGAUACCCCGUUGAUUUCAGCGACGUGAACCGUGAACGGGAACAGCUGCGUCGUCAGGAAAAUAUCGGGGACUAUUCCGAAUUUACCGACGGCCAAAAAUGGCAUCCCUAUCAGAACGGAGGAGGUGGUCAUCAACACCCGAGAACGCCUCAUCCUUCACAAAUGACUGGUAUCAUUCAUCCGAACGUUCAGAGCAUCAGCUCCCAUGAACACGGACCGUGGAAUCAAUUCUGUCACACCGGUGUCAUACCCCAUGGUCCACCUAUGCCCAGAAACAUUGGAGUCCGUGGACCACGACAUACCGUGUUGCUGCGGGACCGUCUACCCGGUAGACACUGUGAAUUUCCCGAGGAAACGGCACGGUUAAAUUACAAUACUAAUAAACUUAAUGUAGAGAGCAUACGGGCGUCCUACUCGCCUCCUCAGCAUCAGAUGCCGAGAUUGCUCGAAUCGUCGGUCGAUUCUAUGAUGGAUUCCGCGUCCACGUCGAGGAUCCGUCGCGAGGACGAAGGACCCAGGUGGGAGCCGAACGGCAUCAACAAUGGAAUGUCUAUGGACAGUCUAGCAGCCUCGACGGAAUCUAACGCGACCCGCGAAAAGGAACGGGAAUCUCGUCGGUCCGCCGAGAGAUUCGAGCCGAAGAAGAAGACUGUUAGCAAACCGUUACCAGGUUUUCAUCAGGCGUUCGGAUCGACGGAGAUCGGCAGGUUUUCACGAUCGGAGUUCUUCGUGAACAUGGUCGGCGAGAGCGGCGGAAACGUGGAAGUGGCCGACACGGAUAGUAGCAGCUUACACCCGAAGGCUUACCUCUCCACACCAGUUAUCUUUCCUUUCUCACCGAGAUCCUGCGGAAUCCUUGGAGCCUCGACUGCCAUUCACAGGAUUGCAGAAAACGGUGAGAUUUUGUCAAGAAUAAUUCCCGACGAUUGCUGCUGGUUCACUGCUCAAUCCAGAUGCGGAGUAUCCAGAAUUUCUGACAACGUUGUGAAUUGCACGACUUUUUUGGACUGUUCCCAUCACGCAAGGGAGAAAGAAUGGUUCUGUCAGAAGAACUUGAUGACCCAUCCGUCGGAAGUGGUGCGUUCCAGGGAUAAUUACGAAUCGUUCGCAAACGAACGAAACGAUGAAAAAUACAUAUUGAUCGGUACACCUGGCAGUAGCAAUCGAAGCAAUAUCCCUGGUACCAUGUACGAUAAUAUUGAUAAAGAAGCUUGCAAGCCGACGACUGUGAAAGUCGAACAGGAUGAUUCCCCAAAGUCGUCGAAGCAGGAGGGAGAUGUUUGAUAAAUGAAAUUGCAAGAAGAUUGUUUAAUAUACUUUAAAACUACGUAGGAAUAUAGCGAAUAAGUUACUCGAAUAAUUAUAAUUAAUUUCUUGAUCCUUCGAUGGAUCUCGUUGUCGUAAGAAUUUUUUCCAACACGUUUUG